CAUCACUACGUCUCCGAGCAGUUCGUCGACUACCUCAACGUCAGCGUGGACUUCCUCGUCGAGCUCUACUACAUCUUCAGCAACGUGGCUCUCUGGCUUGGGCUCUUCAAUGUUGAUGAUGGUGUGGACUUCCUCGACUACCUCUUCUACUGCGGGGACCUCCUGGAUGAGCUCUUCCAUGUCGAUGUGGACGUGGACCUCCUCGACUACACCCCCG